AUUUGACGUUGAAAGCAAUAACGCGUUUUCUAAAGAUUUCAUCAAUGUAGUGCUUAGGAUUUCAAUAUGUCUAUAAUAUAAGUAGUUUGGUAGGAAAACAAAUCGAUUAAAUCUUAAAUGACUCCCACGAAGACUACAAAAACUGAAGUAGAAAUGGUGAUACGAAAUAGAAAAACUGUUAUGAAAGAGGGGAUUAUGACAAUGUCGGGCAUCGGUGAACCUUCAGUCUUCCACGCUUUAGUUGUCAUCUUUUUGGAGUUCUUCGCAUGGGGCUUGCUAACGAUGCCAAUAAUAUCAGUGCUAAACGCUACUUUCCCGGACCAUACUUUUCUGAUGAACGGGCUCAUAAUGGGAAUCAAGGGCAUUCUAUCGUUCCUGUCGGCACCGCUCAUCGGAGCCCUGUCCGACGUGUGGGGACGCAAGUUCUUCCUGCUGGUUACGGUGUUCUUCACGUGCGUGCCGAUCCCGCUCAUGACCAUAAACACUUGGUGGUUUUUUGCAAUGAUCAGUAUUAGCGGAGUGUUCGCUGUGACUUUUUCUAUUGUGUUCGCGUACGUGGCCGAUGUGACGACAGAAGCGGAGCGCUCGCGAGCCUACGGCCUAGUGUCCGCAACCUUCGCCGCGAGCAUGGUCAUCUCGCCCGCCCUCGGCGCAUAUCUCAUGGAUUUAUACGGCGAAGCGUUAGUCGUAGCCGCCGCCACAGCUGUUGCGGUAUUGGACGUGUUCUUUAUAAUGGUAGCGGUACCGGAGAGCCUGCCAGAAAAAGUGAGACCGAGUGGCUGGGGACCUGCUAUAAGUUGGGAGCAGGCCGACCCAUUUGCCGCUUUAAGGAAGGUUGGUGCUGAACGUACAGUGCUGAUGUUGUGUGUGGCAGUAUUUCUCUCAUACCUACCUGAAGCCGGGCAGUAUUCAUGCAUAUUUGUGUAUUUAAAAUUAGUAAUGGGCUUUGGUGUAGUACAAGUGGCGAUAUUCAUUGCAAUUGUUGGAGUGCUCAGCAUAGCAGUACAAGUAGUGCUUGGAUUUUUGAUGCGGUCACUUGGAGCUAAACAUACUAUAAUGUUGGGACUGUUAUUUGAAAUGCUUCAACUCAUGUGGUAUGGCUUUGGAAGUCGCACAUGGAUGAUGUGGGCAGCAGGAGUGCUUGCAGCUCUUGGAUCUCUGACUUACCCAGCGAUUAGUGCAUAUGUGUCGGUGAACAGCCGGGCCGACCGUCAAGGUGUUGUACAAGGAAUGGUUACCGGAGUGAGAGGACUAUGUAAUGGUCUAGGACCAGCAAUGUUUGGGGUGAUAUUCUAUUUAUUCCAUGUAGAUCUCAAUGAAGAGCAUGCAGUGACUGGCAUAGAUGGAAAACCACAAGAAAAAUAUGUAAGAUUGGUGCCAGGUCCACCCUUUGUAUUGGGAGCCCUUUUGGUGAUUUGUGCGCUGCUUGUGGCAGCCUUUCUACCUGAAGAUGGCACUGUUGGCAGUGGACGACGCGCUCCGGCAGACCUGAAGUUCGAGGUGGAGCGGGGCCGUCGUGUGGCGGGCACCCUGUCCCCGUUGAUGGCCCCGGAGUCAGCGGCUCUCUAGCUAGCGGUGAAGGCCGGUCGAGCGGCCAGUGUGUGACUCUUAGAGCUGUCUGCGCCCAACUGGCGCCAGAGCGAAUGCAUUUAGGAUGGUACCAAAGCAAACUCAGUGAGCGAAGUGAGUCCCAUAUUCUAUGAUUCUUGCACGAAGUACGUUGACUACAUUCCCGCGUAUCACAUGUUUUGUUCCGCUACAAUGAAAACAUUAAUUGUUAACUUUGUACUAUUUUUUUUAUUAAUUUUCGCUGUUGAGGGCAUGUACAUAAUUGUAAUAAAUACACUAAUUGAAUCACAGUACAAGUCCUCUCUUUCAUAUUUGAGCUUAACAUCACACAAUAUUUUUAUAAAACCCAGCAUAUUUGUAUUACAACCUAUCAUAUUUGGCAUAUUACUCUGAUUGAUCUCUAAAGGUAACUUGUUUACGUUAACAAACGCACUUAGUGCCAUCAUGCUUCAAUUCAU